AUGUUUCUGAACGUCUCGAGUUAUCUGGAAUAAGAUUACAAAAUGCGAGUCUAGGCUUGACAUCUCAUUUUGACUUUAUUUUAAGUUUCAUCUUGAUUUCUUGUUCUACUAGGUGAGAUAGUACUGAAACUGGCGCUUUUUCUAACGAUUUGAGUGACCUCUAAUGGCGAUUUUGGCGAUUUGGGUGACCUCUAAUGGCGAUUUGACAGUUUAAAUAUCUGGCAACCCUGCUGCAGACGUGAUCGUAGCCGAGACGCACCGCGCACGCCGUCGCGGUUCGGUAUGCACGUCGUUCUGUCCACCGCGUAGGCUAGUUUGAGUCAGCCGAGGUAGUGGUACGUCGUUGGGUGAAAGCAACUCCGAGGAUGUCCAAGAAGCAGGACAAGGUGGACAACGGCAUCGUCGCCGUGAAGAGCAAAUUCGACGCCGACAUCAUCAGAUUCUCCAUGAAUCGCAACGAGCCGAUGAGCUACGAGGACUUUGGGAAGCUGUUGGCGCAACGGCACGACUUGGGGGCGGACUUCAGCUUUUCGAUCUGGUACACGGACACGGACGGUGAUCCACUUCCCAUCAAUAAUGAUAACAAUCUGGCUCGGGCUCUGGCGAGCGCCAAGUGCCUGCUCCGAAUUUUUAUACACAGGAAAGGUGACGGGGCGUGGGACAAUGGCUAUGGUACAAUGAAGCCUAAGAAUUUGAUAUCCAGUAUCUUGGGUGGCACGCCAGGAAAGCCAAAAUCUAUAGUCAUUUCGAAUCCGCACGAUUUCAGGCAGGUAUCUGCGAUUAUCGACGUCGACAUACUGCCAGAGACCUGUCGACGUGUGCGCCUGUUAAAGCACGGUUCCGACAAGCCCCUAGGUUUUUAUAUCAAAGACGGCGAGAGCUUUCGCAUACUGCCGCCGUCCGCUGGCGGGGGAAUCGAGAAAGUCCCGGGUGUGUUUAUCAGUAGAUUGGUACCGGGUGGCUUGGCGGAGAGCACGGGGCUUCUGGCCGUGAACGACGAGGUCCUGGAAGUGAACGGUAUAGAAGUCGCGGGCAAGACGCUCGAUCAGGUGACGGAUAUGAUGAUAGCGAAUUCCUCCAAUCUGAUAAUAACCGUGAAGCCGGCGAAUCAGAGGGCAGCGUUAACGGCACCUCGCCGUGGGUCGUUCUCGCGUAAUAGCCAGUUAUCGUCGGGCAGUCGCCAGUCCACGCAGAGCGCUGGUAGCGACGAAGAGGCGGAUGAGAUCGUUGAUCUUACAGGCAUGACGAUGCAGGAUGAUGCCUCGGCGUCGUCCGCUCAGCAUCAUCAUUACCACCAUCACCAUCAUCACCAAAAUUAUGAUCAGGGUGUACUGCACCUGUAGGGCAACGUGUCUCGUAUCUUUAGAAUAGCAAUUAGACGAUUGGUUGUAAAGUGUCGAUAUAAGCGCGGGCGAACAAGGGAAAUAAGCGUGGAAAGAUAACUUUUGCACAGUAUUAUGAAUCGUACGCGACUGAUACCCCUCGAGAUGAUGUUUCGCAAAUUCCAUUAAGAGAAACGCUCGUGCCCCUCGAUACUUUGUAACCGAUUGCCCAUUGCCCCGGGAUGUCGUGUAUUGGGCUACGCUAUCGCGAGAAGAGAAAAUCGAUAUAUACAUAUAUAUAUAUAUAUAUAUAUAUAUAAAUUUUGUGCUGCCUGACAAAUAACGUUCCAAAAGCAAAAGUGGCCUUAGAUGACAACAUCAUUGCAGCUAGUUUUAAAAAGACGAUAGAAAGGAAAAGAAGUGUUCCCUUGGGUAAAAGCAGCCACACGCCUAUUCGUGUAUCUACUUCGUCCACUCCACCGCAUGUUUAGACUGUUGAAGUUUUUGAAUUUUAAUUUCAUUUAUCUACGUUAUCUGUUAUCCAAUUGCGGACUAAGGAUUGGAGGAUAAUGGUUUUUUUAGGACGGUAAGUAUCAAGGAUGAAAACGCGUUAGGAGUAACGACUGUAUUUUCACGUGUGUGUAAAAUGUGUGUAAAAUAUCGUUCUUUGCGUGCCUUCGUCGAUGCGGAAUUAAUAUUUAAGAGACAAUAUUACAUUCCAAUUAUACUUACACCGUUGAAGUUGAGAGGGGGGGGGGUGGGAGGUAGGAAGGAGCGAGAUACCGUUUUUAAGAUAUCUUAUACUGCCUUCGUAGUUUACACGAGUCCACUUUUAUAUACGCUCAAGCCCACAUUUUCUACUUAAUUCGAAAAGACGUGUACAUAUAUAAAUAUAUACAAAGAUAUAUAUAUUUAUAAUAUUCUAGCUAUUUUUCUAUCGAGUGUAUUUUUUUCGUAAUCGCAAAUCCAUUCUACUUGGACUUCCGCAAUAAGCACCAUCUUUAACGGGCCAUAUCGUUCCAUUGCCAAAUUAUCAAUCGUGUUAAUCGUAUCAUCAAUUCCGUGAUCGCUAAGAUGUACACUUAAUAUAUUUCUUUCUAAAUCCAACGCCUUUGUCUUAGGCUGAAUGUCCAUGCGUCACAGAUCAUGUAUAAUAUCUAAAAGACGAGACGUCUUUUUGAAAAAGAUGUUUUCGGUAUGCGAAUCGAAAAGAAUUAUUGAGAGAGUGAGAGAGAGAGUGUGUGUGCGCGCGCGUGCUUGAAUGAAAGGAUGAAUGAAAGAAUUAGUAUUUUAAAACGGUCAUUUUAAUCUGUACGUAUUUUAUCGCUCAAGGCGAGGAAUCACUUUUGUACUUAACCAAAUAGAGUAUGGACUAGACACGUUUGCAAGAAGUACUUAACUGUCUGUGCUAGGCGCUUUAUCGAGCCGUAGCCGUUUACUUCGGGAAAUCGUCAGUGCUAAAUUAGCGUUCGCGAGAUGAAAUUAGAUAUAUUUUUAACGCGGUACGUCGCAUUGUACUCCUUACGGAUAAGAGAUAGUUGGUAAAUUAAUAAGGACGAGAAUACUUAUUAACGCUGUAAUUCUUUUUAACGGCAGCUUAUGAAAUAAAGAUAUUUUAUUGUAUA